GAGAGGAACCAUUGGCUCAUAUCCAUCAGCUCGAGCUACUCCCCAACGAACUCACAUAAGGCGCGAAGCAAUGUAUUGUCAAUGUAGAGCAAAGGCAGGUAGGCUAAUGAUGUGCAGUGCGAAGGAGGUGGUGCUGCUCACCCAGGCGCGCACGUUAGCUUCACCCACCACGGCGUUAUCGCGUCCCUCUAACGUACGCCCGUCACCGGAUCCUAACCGCUCUCUGGUAACCAUGACCACGACCAACGAUCCUCUCGAGGUCGAAGCCAUAUUUCAGCAAAAGCGGUCGCUUCGCUCCAAAAUACGCAAGGAGCUCAAGAACAUGGACCCAAUCCGGAGAUCCGAAGAAGAUAAUGCAAUUCAGAGUAUUGUUUUGGGAGCUCCGUGGUUCAAGGCUAGUAAGAGUUUUUGUGCUUAUAUAAGCUGUGCCGCUUUACGAGAAGUGGAUACGUCAAGAAUUGUCUCAGAGGUUUUAUCCAAACCAAUCGAAGAUCAGAAAAAGCUUUAUGUUCCACGCGUGGAGGACAGGAAUAGCAACAUGAGAAUGCUCAGGAUUUCCAAUGUUGAUGAUCUGAUUGAAAAUUCAAUGCACCUAUUGGAACCAUCUUUAGUACAUUCUGACGGGAAACAACGUGAAGAUGUUAUGGAGGUAAGCGAUCCAGUUGACUUGUUCAUCGUACCUGGACUUGCAUUUGACAGAUCUGGAAAACGUUUGGGCCGUAGUGGGGGUUACUAUGAUCUAUUCCUGAAGAAAUACCAAGAGCAUGCAAAGGAGCGGAAAUGGAAGCAUCCUCUCCUUGUUGCACUAUCAUAUUCUCUGCAGAUCAUAGAUGAAGGAGCUAUAGCAGUCACUUCCAAGGAUGUUUCUGUGGAUGCUCUUGUAACCCCUUCUGGUUACAUACCCAUAAGCUCGGCUGCUUUGGAAAGGGGCAAAUGAAAAGAAGCUGUCUCUUUUCUGCAGUGUAUGAAGAAAAUUGUCUCACAUCUUACCAGAAGCUGGUAUCCUUUCAAAUUGAAGCAUGGAAAGUAAUUUCUAAUUUCAGUGCAUUCUUAAAUUAGUGUGUGUGCUGCUCGGCAAUUUGCAGUUGUCCUUUCAUGUGUCUUUAAUUAACUUGUGUUGGCAAGGGAAUGGGUAUAUAGCUUGCCAUGAUUUAAUGCAAUUCUCAAUUUUGGUGAUUGCAGGAUGGAAGAAACUAAUAUGGAUCUGGCUGCUUCUCAUGCCUCCUUGGAAGUUGUAUAAUAAUCUUAAAUUAGAUUCAACUACUGUAGUUUGGAAAUAUAGUUUUGGCUGCUCAUUUGUGUUCUACAAAAAGUUCUCAAUUACUUGUAACUGUAGAAUGGAGACAGCCCAGUUCCUACCCAAUUGCCGAUUGACAGCUUGUUUGAAUGAAUCAACAAGAUAAAUUUUUGCUAGAUAUCAUGACCAUCAGACCUGUAAAAUUUUGAUGAAGAAAGUCACCACAGUGGAGGUUUUCCCGCCUGUAACAAUGACACGUGUAAAAGAGUUGUAGAAAAAUUAUAGGUCUAAUAUUUUUCUUCCCAUUAUUGGUUGCAUAUGCAAAGUGAGGUAAGAAUGUUUUUAGCAUUUUUCAUUAUCAUUGAAUAAUGUUAUACACUAUGGUUUAUAGCA